UAGACGGAGGGUGUCCUGCGCUGACGUCGUGUGCAGGCCGAGUGUCCGGGAUGUAGUGCGGGAUGUGGGGGCUGUGUGCGGUGUUGGCUCUGCUCCUGACCCGGGCUCAUCCGGCUGCCGGUGGCGCUCCGUGUGACGGUGACCCGUCUCAUAUACAGCUGGACCUGCCGGCUGAAGAUGUAUAUACUUGCGCUGAUGAUUAUAUUUCCCUGCCCAGUCAGGUACUCCCCAGUAUUACAUCUGUGUAUGAGCAAGAGAUCCCCUCACAUGUGUGCACAGACACUGCCAUAGUUUACACCACUGCGAUACCAAACAGUGGAGCACAUAGACACACAUGGGCCAAGUAUGGUGAAUAUAUCUACUGUCCACCUCAGCAAUGGGUUCACAACCUCCAGCAUGGCGGUGUAGCCUUCUUGUACCAUCCGUGUGUACACCCAAAACUGAAGAAAGCUUUAUCCUCAUUGGCCAGACGUUACAUAGCAAAACACAUUAUCACACCCCUCCAUACCCUCUCCAAAGACAGACCCCUUGCACUAGCUGCUUGGUGCUCAACUCUGGAAAUGUCUCACAUAAACAGGACAGAAAUCAUUGGUUGGUUAAGGGACAAUGUGUACAUAAAAAAACAGUAUGAAACUGGGGAGGAGGGUUCCUACCAGCAUUUACUCAUCCGACCAUCUGUGAUGCCAUCCGGUGACUCCAGUAUGCAGUUGCGGGUAGUAGAUUACGUGUCUAAGAAAGGCUCGCGCUUGAGGAGGCGCCAUGUAAAGAGGUGGAGAAGAUUUAUUUUACCAGUUACUCCAGUUAUUCAAGGAACAGCCUUUUAUAAUGUGUCUCACAGUGCAACCUCCACCGCACCAGCUGGACCACGAAACUGGGAAAUUGACAAGAAUCAAACGUCAGUUUCGGGUCCAUCUGUGGCUGCCAACAUCAGCUCUUCACCAGAUCGUAUAACACCAGGGCAUUCUAUGUAUUUGCCUCAGGAAGCCGAAACAGUAGUUUUAAAGGCUGACAUCCACAGCAGAGAAUUAGACGGGAAUGAGAAAGUUGAAAUGCCGGAGAUGCUAGCAAACAAUACUUCACCUACUCCUGAGAAUAUCACACCAGGCCUAUCUGGGCUAAUUUUGGGGCAUUCUGUUGGAGAGAACUCCCCCAAUGAUAUAAGCCACCAUGCUGAUGAUAAAGAGGAGUUGACAAAAUCUGCAGGGAUACAACCUGUGGGCUCUUCUGAAUCCGAGCAAAGUAAAGUAUCAGUAAAUACAGCUCUCUUUACUACACUACCUCUGCAACCACAAAGUAAGUCUGCUGAGCAGGAGCUCUCGCCUUCAGAAAAACUUCUGAUUGACAGCAAAAAGAAGAAACCCGAAUGCAGGUGCCAGGAGGAUCCUACGGUGCAGUUGCCAGCAAAGCCCCAGAGAAGGUUGGGUGCCAGUCAGCAGAAGCCCUCUGGAGUCUAUAUUGCCACUCCACGCACUGAAGAAGCAAAAUGGGCAGCAGCCUCUCUUAUCUUACUCUUUGCAUUGCUGACUUUUUCAGUCUUGUACACACAAAUUUAUAAGAAAUUCCGCAAAAGUCAGAGUCUGUACUGGACCUCAGGAAGUCCUUCAGAGGAGGAGUCUGUGGCUUCGAUUAUCAAGAGAAGAUUGGUUCAAGGUCACAGAAUACGAAAGAAAUGGAUUGGACGCAAGAAAAGCCCUGUUGUCUUGUAUGAAAGUCUAAGUGAGGAUUCUGAAUACUAGAAUGUGGAGUGUAAGAUGACCUACAGCGGAUUUACAGGCCAAUGAAACACCAGUUAGGCUGUGAAAUUAUGGAUAUACCAGUCGUCACUUAGUAUAUAGACAAUAUUCCAUGACGUCUUGGUGAUGCCGCCAGUCCUGUUUUACUGGUUGGGUCAAUUUUCAGUGACCUCCUCAGAACUCCUCUGGACAUGCUGGGAGUUGUGGUUUUGCAAUAGCUGGAGACACCCUGGUUGGGAAAACACUGAUCUCCAUAUUACAUGCAGCGGAUGUUCUCUCUUUAUCUCUUUUAAAGGGGUACUCCGGUGGAAAACUUUUUUUUUUUUUUUUAUCAACUGGUGCCAGAAAGUUAAACAGAUUAGUAAAUUACUUCUAUUAAAAAUGUUUUUCCUUCCAGCACUUAUUAGCUGCUGAUUACUACAGAGGAAAUUUUCUUUUUGGUGCUCUCUGCUGACAUCUCUGUCCAUUUUAAGAACUGUCCAGAGCAGCAUAUGUUUGCUAUAGGGAUGUUUGAGCACUGUGCUUGUGAUGUCAGCAGAGAGCUCUGUGUUCCAAAAAGAAAAUAAUUUCCUCUGUAGUAUUCAGCAGCUAAAAAGUACUGGAAGGAUUAAGAUUUUUUAAUAAGUCAUUUAAAAAUCUGUAACUUUCUGGCACCAGUUGAUUAAAAAACUACUCCGGUGGAAACUUUUUUCUUUUAUUGUAUAUAUAUAUUUUUUUUCUUGUUAAUCUCACUUUUUUUUUAAAUUUUAGGCUUACUCCACACCUGCUAAUGCUUUCCUGGUCCCCCGCUGGUCUCUGUGUACACAGCCUUUAGCACUGAUAUUGACCCACGAUUGGCUGCAGUGGCUGUGUGUCCAUGUUGGGGGGGGGGGGGGGGUUUGUCUAUUCCUGGUUACAUUUCCAUAAGAGCACCAAGGUGAUUGGUAAGGUGCAUGUACAGUGUUCUAAACUUUUAUCAGGAUUUAAGUGAUCUACAACAGUAGUAUUUUUUUCCCACUGAAUUGUUUGGGUAGAGUUGCAUCAACUCGAAGUACACACACUCGAAGCACAGCACAAAUUGACAUUCUACAAGUUACUUUUCCUGUGAAAAAUUUCAGCUGCAUGUGGAUGAGAUCUGUUUGGGGGGGGACAUUGCCGUCCUGAUAGAUGGUGCAGAUUCCGCCAGCACAUUGAGCAGGUUCAAUGUUCUGGCGGAAAUAUUUAAUCAGAAUUUUUGUUUAACCCCUUAACGACGCAGGACGUAAAUGUACGUCCUGGUGAGGUGGUACUUCCCGCAGACCAGACCAGAGGAGAAGAUGACCAAUAACCCUGAUCAGUGCUAUGUCCUAUACAUAGCACUGAACAGUAUUAGCAAUCGAGUGAUUGCUAUAAAUAGUUCCCUAUGGGGACUAUUAAAGUGUAAAAAUAAAAGUAAAAAAAUAAAGUAAAAAAAAUUUGAAAAACCCCCUCCCCUAAUAAAAACGUAAAUUUUCCCUAUUUCACCCCCAAAAAGUGUUACAAAAAUAUUUUAUAUACAUAUUUGGUAUCGCCGCGUGCGUAAAUAUCUGAACUAUUAAAAUAAAAAUAUUGAUACCGUACGGUGAAUGACGUGAACGUAAAAAAAAAAGUUCAAAAAAGCUGCUUUUUUUAACAUUUUAUUUAAAAAAAAUUUAUAAAAAAUGUAUUAAAAGUUUUAUAUAAGCAAAUAUGGUAUCAAUAAAAAGUACAGAUCACGGUGCAAAAAAAUGAGCCCCCUUAACACCGCUUAUACGGAAAAAUGAAAAAGUUAUAGGUCUUCAAAAUAGGGGGAUUUUAAAUGUACUAAUUUGGUUAAAAAGUUUGCAGUGCAACAGUAAUAGAAAAGUAUGUAAUCAUGGGUAUCAUUUUAAUCAUAUUGACCCAAAGAAUAAAGAACACAUCAUUUUUACCGUAAAUUGUACAGUGUGAAAACAAAACCUUUCUUUUUAAUUUUUAAUUAAAACCUUUUCUUUUUAAUUUCCCCACAUAAAUAGUAUUUUUUUGGUUGCACCAUACAUUUUAUGGUAAAGUGAGUGAUGCCAUUACAACGGACAACUGGUCGCGCAAAAAACAAGCCCUCGUACUGGUCUGUGGAUGAAAAUAUAAAAGCUAUGAUUUUUUGAAGGCGAGGAGGAAAAAACGAAAACUUAAAAAUAAAAUUGUCCUUAAGGAGUUAAAAUUCCAACCAGAAAAUCCUGCAGUGCACGUUAAAGGGGUAUUCUUGCUUUAAACAUCUUAUCUCCUAUACAAAUCCUGCUGCUGGGACCCCCGUGAUCUCUGUGCAGCCCCCAGCAUUCUGUGUUGGGCGCUGACACCGAGACGUGACAUUAUGGCCUCGCCCCUCAUGACGUCACACCCCCUCCAUUCAUGUCUAUGGGAGGGGCCGUGACCUCACAUCUGUCUCGAAGGCAGCGCCCGACCCAGAAUGCCAGGAGCUGCACUAAGUUUGCGGGGGUCCCAGCAGCGGGACUCCCGGGAUCAUACAUCUUAUCCACUGGAUAGGGGAUAAGAUGUAUAAAGCUGGAAUACCCCUUUAAGCUUCAUGCAGUGGCAAUUUCGUAGUGUGACCCCGGCCUUUUUAGAAUUAUUAGGGUACAUUCACAUGUUGUUGAAAUUCUGCAUGUUUUCUGAGAGUAUAUCCACAUGGAAAAACUGUAGUGGAUAACAGUAUGUAUGAAUAAGAUGCUACUAAUGGAGCAAUGGGUAAGGCUGCAGUAGCAUCCUGCAUGUUGAAAUGCAGCGCCUGAAUGGAACAUAAUAGAAAUCAUCAUAGGACUUUCUGCUUUGGAACCCAAUCCUGGGUUUGGAGACCCAUUGGGAGGUAGACAUACUGUAUCACUUCUGUGAUGUUUGAUGGCCGUGUAGAAGCUAAAUUGGUAUUUAUUAGCCACCCCAGCUACAUUAGAGUGGGUUAUGCAGUGGUGGUGGUGGUUUAUUUUUUUUAAAUUUUUAAUCAGUGCUAGAUAUUUCACACUAGGUGCCAUCAAGUAAAACAUAUGCCCGUAAGUAGAGAUGAGCGAACUUACAGUAAAUUUGAUUCGUCACGAACUUCUCGGCUCGGCAGUUGAUGUC